AUGGGUAAAGAUCACGUCACCAAGCAGCACGUCAAGAGAUCCCAGAGAUCCGCUCCUAAGUCUGACAACGCCUACUUGAAGGUCUUGGUUAGAUUGUACACCUACCUUGCUCGUCGUACCGACGCUCCAUUCAACAAGGUUGUGUUGAGAUCUUUGUUCUUGUCUAAGAUCAACAGACCUCCAGUGUCUCUUUCCAGAGUCAACAACACCUUGCAGCAGAAGGGUGCCGCUGACAAGACUGUCGUUGUUGUUGGUACCGUCACCGACGACGUCAGAUUGUUGGAUGUUCCAAAGGCCACCGUUGCCGCUUUGAGAUUCACUGCCUCUGCCAAGGCUAGAAUCAUCAAGGCUGGUGGUGAGGCUAUCACCUUGGACCAGUUGGCUGUCAGAGCUCCAAAGGGCCAGAACACCGUCCUCAUCAGAGGUCCAAGAAACGCCAGAGAGGCUGUCAGACACUUCGGUUUCGGUCCUCACAAGAACAAGGCCCCAAGAAUCUUGUCUAACGGUAGAAAGUUCGAGAGAGCCAGAGGUAGAAGAAGAUCUAGAGGUUUCAAGCUACAGAGAUUGGACCUUAUACUUGAUAUGAGCACCAUGUAUCCGAAACGAUCAGAGAACGAGUUGCUUGGCCCGCUAGGACUACUCGACAUCGGUAAUGAAAUCUCGAAGUCCAAGUUGAUACAACUUGACUUAUUCAUCAUGAGUCCGGAAGUCCUUUUCUUAAACGAUUUCCUAACAUUCUUGACCCAUAUAGCUGGCGGGUCUUCAAUUGAAUCAUUGACAAUACGCACGUUUAAAUCUCGAAAGACCGUUGGCUCACAAUGGGAAGUAAUUGAAAUCCCCAAUGGCCCAAAAUUCCUAGCAGUUCUCAAAAGUGCAAAACUGUUAGUCAACCUAACUUUGGACUAUGCUUUCAUGAAGUACUUGCAAUUCCCUCGAGACUACGCCACUACAAAUGAAGUAGAGAGGUCCGCUCCAAUUUCCUUGAAUUUAGUGGAUGAGAGCUUUGGAUUACCGACUUUGCUUCCAAUCGAGAGAGAAGUUGUAACUUACAUAAUAGCAACAAUUAAGGCAACCCAUGUGGGCCUUAUAUACGGUAGGGUACAAGAAGGUUCUCAUUUAAAUGCUCUCAGCUUCAUGAAUAACCUCCUUGCUCAUCUCGGAAGCUUUCCUUUUUCCAAUCAGAUCCAGCUCGUUAGUCUAUAUGAGGCAUGGUCUUACUCUGACGACGGCAUGAUGAGAGAUUACUAUCAAAAAAUUAUAAAUGCCAUCGAGGCAGCUUCGAAAGAUUCUGAGGCACGCAAACUAAAAAUGACUUUGGUAAAGGCGUCCAGAAUAUCUAGAUUCGACUUUAAUUCUCCUCGAUAUCAGAAACAGGAGUUCUAUAGUGUUCUUCAGCAGGAAGGACUGCUAUCUAUGGACACCAAACCAGUACAUCGAUCCAAAUUACCUAUCGAUAUCUUCAAUGCCGCUGAAGCAUCUUUGAGAGAUUUAGAAUACUACUCUUACGUUCCAGCUCAAGACUUUAUCAACGCCUACGCUCAGUUCUUGCAGCGUCAGGGUAAGUUGGAGGUUCCAGGUUACGUUGAACUUGUGAAGACCUCCGCUGGCAAUGAGUUGCCUCCCCAGGAGUCCGAGACCUGGUUCUACAAGAGAGCUGCUUCUGCUGCCAGACACAUCUACUUGAGAAAGCACGUUGGUGUCGGUAAGUUGAACAAGUUGUACGGUGGCUCUAUCAACAGAGGUUUCAGACCACACAAGCACGCUGACGCUUCCGGCUCUGUCAACAGAAAGGUUGUUCAGGCUUUGGAGAAGAUUGGCGUUGUUGAGAUUUCUCCAAAGGGUGGCAGAAAGAUCUCCGAGAACGGUCAGAGAGACUUGGACCGUAUUGCUGCUCAGACUUUGGAAGAAGAUGACGAGUAA